CCUGCUAGAGUGAGAAGUGCCUUAUUUGAAGAUUGCUUAUGCUGGUUACAGUGGAACUGUUCUCUUGGCAGUUUUGGAAGAUUGUCUGAAAUAAUAUAUUGUGCUUGGGGAGGUAUGAGGGGGGAGAGUUGUUCAGCAAAACAAAUUACUGGAACAGUGUCCAUGGACUAGCUCUGCUGGCUGCCGACAAAUAUUUCAUCUGCAUUCACCACUGAAGAUAACUAAACUACUGCAUUUAAAGAUAUGUGUAGCAUUAGAAAAGACAUUAGAGAGGGAGAAGAUACAGAAACAAUCUAAAAGGAGAAAAGGUAUUUCUUCUUCUGAGUCUUAAAUGUGUAAUAGAAAUGCUGUGUGAGUUCUGUUUGUGAAAAUGCUUCUUAAAGGAAUAUUUAAUUUUGUUUGUCAAAAUCAUCUCUUUUGUUAAGAAGUAGUUAAUGACUGUAGAGGUUUUUGUCUUGCUGUAUAGGGCUGUGUGGUGUUUCUAUGGUUUAAACAGCAAGUAAAAAGAAAGACAGUCAGUCAGUGCUUGCUUACUCAGUUGCAGUACCUGUACCAAUACUGAUUCGUAACGAUUCUUGUGUUGAGGUAAAUAGCCUUUGAAAGAGCCGACUGCAUUGUAUUAGCAAUUAAGUUUUAAAACUUUAGUUUUUAACAAUAUUAAGGAGAACUAAGUUGUCAGGCGUCUAUAAUUUUCUCUCUAUUGUGGAAGCACAGUCAUGUGCUAAUGUAAAGGUCAGGUAUGAAGACGUAGGAAUAUAUUGAUUCUUUCUUUUCUUCAUCUGUUCUUGAUAUCUGUGAUAAGGUGUAUUCUUUCCGCAGCUAAAAGGAACAAAGACAGUCUUUUCUAUUUCAGGCAAUGACUACAACUGCCGUGCAGCUAGCAAGUGUGUACAUUUCUCACAAUAUACAAUACUUAAUUAAAACCAGCACCGCUUGUGCAAGAGGGUAAUGACAAACUCUAAAUUCUCCAAGAGCACCUUGAUAUAUUUGUCAUAAAUGCUGCCACAGAACUACCUAAUUCAAGGGCAAGAGUUCCUCAAUGGAAUACAAGAUAAACAAGAGUCUGCUUGGAAUGAUCACUGAUAAAAGUGGAGAAAUGACAGGACAAAAUGGCACAAUACAGGUUUGGUUUCAAGGCAACACUUUAACUCUAUAGUGGCUCCCCCUCUCUGAUAACCUUUUUAUGUUUGAAUGACAUUGUAAAGUUGCAGAAAAUGAACUUCUUAGCUGAAAACAGGAACACCUUGAAUGUGACAACCGUUUCUUUCAUCCCGCUGAACCUUGAUCUCAAACUGUUCAAACAGGACUCUCUGCUGGGAAAAGCUAACGUUUCACGUGCCUGUAACAGGACCAUGAAUGCUGAGAACCUCUCAAACCUGUCCUGCGCCGACAGCCUCGCGCCACAGUGCUUUUCAUUAGUCUCUGUCAUGGAUAAGAACUGGCCAGCCCUACUCAUUGUGAUUGUGAUCAUCUUAACUAUCGCUGGCAACAUCCUAGUGAUUAUGGCUGUCUCCCUGGAGAAGAAACUACAGAAUGCCACCAAUUAUUUCUUGAUGUCUCUUGCCAUCACUGAUAUGUUACUGGGCUUUCUGGUCAUGCCUGUCUCCAUGCUCACAAUACUAUACGGAUAUGCUUGGCCCCUGCCUUCACAACUGUGUCCCAUUUGGAUUUACUUGGACGUGUUAUUCUCCACGGCAUCCAUCAUGCAUCUGUGUGCAAUCUCCCUGGAUCGCUACAUUGCCAUAAGAAACCCCAUUCAUCACAGCCGCUUCAACUCAAGAACUAAGGCCUUCAUGAAAAUAUUAGCUGUUUGGACUAUAUCUGUCGGAAUAUCUAUGCCUGUUCCGGUUUUCGGCCUGCGGGAUAAAUAUAAGUUUGUCAAGGACGGCAGCUGCUUUCUCACGGACGAAACCUUUGUUCUGGUGGGUUCCUUUGUGGCCUUCUUCAUCCCAUUGACCAUCAUGGUGGUGACCUACUUCUUGACAAUCAGGGCUCUGCAGAACGAAGCGACCAUGUGCUUGGAUGAACUGGUCCCCAAAACCAAAUGGACAUCCUUUAGCUUCCUCCAGCAGAGCUCCUUGUCCUCAGAAAAGCUGUUCCGCAGGUCUCUGAGCAAAGACUUCAGCGUUUGUAGACAACGGACCAUGCAGUCCAUCAGCAAUGAACAAAAGGCAUCAAAGGUCCUUGGGAUUGUCUUCUUUUUGUUUGUGUUCAUGUGGUGCCCGUUCUUUGUUACCAAUGUGCUGGCCGUAGUCUGUAAGGACACCUGCAACCCUUUUGUAAUUGGUGGGUUGCUUAAUGUCUUUGUGUGGAUCGGUUACCUGUCUUCUGCAGUCAACCCCCUUGUGUAUACAUUGUUUAACAAGACGUAUCGUUCAGCAUUCUCGCGCUACAUCAAGUGUCAGUACAAGGAAGAGAAGAAGCCACUGCAGCUCAUUUUGGUCAACACUCUUCCACCUCUAGCCUACAACUCCACUCAGCUCCAGCUGGGCGACAUGAACACACUGAGAAACGGCAGCCGGAUGGAAAGCAAAGACUAUUCUGUUGUUUCCUUAGGGAUUCAUCAUUUUAAUAGUUCUAAACCCAACGCCGGUCAGGUGACUGAGAAGAUGAGCUGCGUCUAACUGUGCUGGACUAUCAUUCAUUUUAUGUAGAAGAAAGUGAAGACAUUGAUAAAGACUUCUCGGUGAAAUUUUGCCAUACAGUUUUACAAAUUUCUUUUUGUACAAGAAAGACUGUCAAUAUGGGAACCCAUAGCAUUUAUCAAAAGAGAUAUACCACCGAGGCUAUAUCUUAAGAUUAAUAUUACAAAUAAAAUGCUUUUUCAACAGAAGCCACAGAGUACACUUCAGGAAUAAUUUUAUACUGCCAAAAUAUAGUUGUAAUUGUAGGAAAAGGCAGUCAAGGUUUAUUACAGCAUCAAUAAAGAAAAACAAUACAAAUAUGUUUUGUUUUGCAAAAGCUACAUUUUCUAUACUGAACCUACUUUUAAUGUUUAAUUCAUAUAUUUAGACAUUUUAUAUUACCCCCCAAAAAAAUAUUAUCGUGUUCGUCUUGGAGAUUUGCUAAAACUUCAUUUUUCAGUAAUACACAGCAGAAAUAGUUUUAACAUGGUAUCCUCACAGUUCUUUAAAGUGUAAAUAGUUGUGAAUUUGUUCUGAGAUCCUCUUUUGCUAGCACAAUACUGAGUUUCACAUACUUAAAAUUCUAUUUUCUGUGCACCCGUUGAUAUUUCUGAGAGCCUGGAUUACAUACAGAAUUCCUAUGGUGGUAGAGUUAGAGAAUUUCUGACAGAGCUUGGAAGAAAUGUAACUAGCGCUACAUGCAUUGCCUCUGUGACAUUCCAACAGCACUGGCUGAUUACAAAGGUACCCUUGGAAAUGUUUAAGGCAGGACUCAUAUGGUACUACUUUCAUUUUUUCAUCCUGUAAAUGAUCAUAUAUUUCCAAAACAAAAUGGUUGUGUUACUGACACCUCAUAUUGUCAUAGCCUUUCAAUUACAAAACAUUUCCACUUUGUAUACAGUAACUUGUCCUGUUUAAGUAUGUAAAGCGUAUUUAGCAAUAGAGAUCUAUGUUGUACAAGACAAUGCUACGAGAUAAAAACAGUGUCUGUAGUAUAUAUUUGAGAAGCUUGCAUGAAAGUUUGGUCACCAUGUUUUUAAAAACCCAUUUAACUACCAUUGUGAAGUAACAUGGGCUGCCUGCCAUAUGUUGCAUAGUUCAAGAUAAUUAUGGAUCAAAGUAAUUUAGAAGUGAGCAUGUGCGUCACUGUAGGCACCUUUAGUCUCACUCUUAUAUACUUUAAAGGUCUUUUUCUCGCUUAACGGUGUUCUUUUUCAGAAGCCCUUUAAGAUUCAACUAAUUUAACUUUCAUAAAUUAUUUAACACACAAGGUACCCUUUUCAUUUUCAUACUUUUUUUCAUGCAUAAUUGCUAAUGCUUGGUUAAUGCACUAGCAUUGGCGGAAAACAAAUAUUGUUUCAUCUGCAGUUAGAUGGGUUCUGAUAUUUUUAUGAUCCAUAUAUUCCAGAUUAAACAUCUCUAGGAUAAACCCAACCAAUCCUCUGUUCUCACACUAGCAUUGCUUGAGGGUGUAAAAAUUACUUAAUUGAUCCAAAAUGAUCGACAUACCAAUAUUCUUAUUUUGAAAAUAGUUGGGUAAAAUUUUAGUAGCAGUAUAUUUUACAACCCCAUUGUUGUCAUAAAUUGAUAUUCAGUAAAUACGCCACUGCCUUAGCUACAGACAGAGGAACUCAAGCAAAUAAUGAUGAGCACAUUUCUUGUCUAUUGCCCAUUGCUCAAUGUUAAGUUCAGUGGCAUCUUUAUGAAAAUAAAAAAGGCCAGACAUUUUUUUCUGGACCAUUACAAUAAAGUUUCCCAAAGGAAAUGCUCAAGAUUUCCAGGUCUUAAAAUACCGAGCCACACAAGUAGAUAUUAAUUUACCAUAUAAAAGGAAAAAAGACAUACGGUACACUGCACUGCAGAUACAUUCAGAACCAACUUUUUGUCUAGCGAUUUUUCUCUUGUCUGUUCAGAAUAAACUGGAUACUAUAA